UCUUUUAUGAGAAUUGAUUAUAACGUCUCAACUACAAAGUCUCUUGCUAGUUACUUCUCUAAUCCUCUGAAAUACCGUGUUUCAGUUACUUCUCUCUGUCGCAAGCUGAAACAAUCUCGUUUACAAACCUUGUCUCUCUCUGUGGUGGUUUCUAUGGAGGAUCAACAACAUGAGAGUGAAAAAAAUAAGAAGGAAGCAAAGGUACCAAUACCCGGAAAAAGAAACAUACUAAUAACCAGCGCCUUGCCUUACGUCAACAACGUUCCUCAUCUUGGCAACAUCAUUGGCAGCGUUUUAAGUGCUGAUGUUUUUGCUCGCUACUGCCGACUCCGUGGCUAUAAUGUUAUUUACAUAUGUGGAACUGAUGAGUAUGGUACGGCCACUGAAACUAAGGCUUUGGAGGAGAAUUGUUCCCCGCAACAGAUUUGCGAUAAAUAUUAUGCAAUACAUAAAGCAGUUUACAAUUGGUUUAAUAUAAGUUUUGAUGAAUUUGGACGCACAUCAACUCCUCAGCAAACGGAAGUUUGCCAAGCAAUUUUCAAGAAAUUGUUGGAAAACAACUGGCUUUCUGAAAAUAAAAUGCAGCAGCUUUACUGCGAUGCAUGUGAACGAUUCUUAGCUGACCGGCUUGUGGGAGGCACCUGCCCAACACUUGGCUGCAAUUAUGAUUCUGCACGGGGAGAUCAAUGUGAAAAGUGCGGAAAACUGUUGAAUCCAACAGAACUUAUAGAUCCCAGAUGCAAGGUAUGUCAGAUGACUCCAAGAAUUCGUGAUACGAACCACUUGUUUCUGGAGCUCCCACUGAUUAAAGAUAAAUUGGAAGAAUAUAUCAAUAACAUGUCAGUUGCUGGAUCUUGGAGCCAGAAUGCUGUGCAAGCUACAUAUGCAUGGCUCAAAGAAGGGCUGAAACCUCGCUGUAUUACCAGGGAUCUUAAGUGGGGUGUUCCUGUUCCACAUGAAAAAUUUAAGGAUAAGGUCUUCUAUGUAUGGUUUGAUGCGCCUAUUGGUUAUAUCUCUAUUACUUCAUGCUAUACUUCUGAUUGGGAGAAAUGGUGGAAGAACCCUGAAAAUGUGGAGCUAUAUCAAUUUAUGGGAAAGGACAAUGUACCAUUCCACACUGUGAUGUUUCCGUCCACACUUCUUGGGACUGGAGAAAACUGGACGCUAAUGAAGAGCAUUAGUGUUACAGAGUACUUAAACUAUGAAGCAGGAAAGUUCUCCAAGAGCAAGGGAGUAGGAGUUUUUGGCAAUGAUGCCAAAGAUACAAAUAUCCCUUCUGAAGUGUGGAGAUAUUAUUUGCUAACUAACAGGCCAGAGGUCUCAGACACACUGUUUACAUGGGAGGACUUCCAAGCAAAAUUAAAUAGUGAGUUGCUGAAUAAUUUGGGCAAUUUUGUUAAUCGAGUACUGAGCUUCAUUGUCAAACCUCCAGGACGAGGAUAUGGAUCUGUCGUUCCUGAUGCUCCAGAGGCAGAUUUACACCCCUUAACAAAGGUGUUAGCUGAAAAACUUGGAAACUACGUUGACCAAUACAUAGAAGCCAUGGAGAAGGUUAAACUAAAACAAGGACUGAGAAUUGGAAUGAGCAUCUCUAGUGAGGGGAAUGCAUAUCUUCAAGAGAGCCAGUUCUGGAAGCUUUACAAUGAAGAUAAAGCUUCCUGCUCUGUUGUUAUGAGAACUUCAGUGGGGCUAGUGUAUCUUCUAGCAUGUUUGUUAGAACCUUUCAUGCCUUCAUUUUCUCUUGAGGUACUGAAACAGCUUAAUUUUCCAAUUGAUAAACAAUUUUCACUUUCUGAUGAAACUGGAGGUCUUGAGAGGGCAAGAAAGCCUUGGGAGCUUCUACCUGUUGGUCAUCGAAUUGGGACACCAUCCCCACUAUUUAAGGAACUGAAAGAUGAGGAUGUGAAGUUACUGAGGGAGAAGUUUGCUGGAAGUCAAGCUGAUAGAGCUGUAAAGACACAAGCUGAAGCGAAGAAGAUAACAGAAAAAUUGAAGAAAACAAAAAUCUCUGCACCAUCAGAUUGAUUUAGCACUUUGGGAAAUAAAACAUCAUUUGUAUUGUCUUGUUAGAGUAAGACGAAGCAAUUAUGUUGCAGUUUAUUAUGUAUGAAACCAAAGUAAACAUGUGAUUAGUACAAAAUGUAUGAGAGAUGAUCUGCUUAUUUUUA